ACCUGUCUCUUUGCAUAUCAUCACAACAAGAAGAAAUGAAGAGUUCUCAGUGACAUUUUGUUCCGUCUCUUGAAGUUGGUUUGGGUGUUCCUGGUGUGUGAAGUCACAACCUGCAACCAGGAAGCACCUUCUGAUAUAAAAAGACACUCAGACGGAAACCUCAGUCUGAGUCUGUGUCAGUCGGUCUGCGGGUGGAACUUUCAUCACUUUCUGCUAAUAUUCAACCUUUCCUCCACAUCGAGACAAUGAGCUUCGAUCUAUCUGAAGCUUUAGACGGCCCACUGGACAUUGAGGAGACAGGAUGUGAGUCCCGCUGCUUAAACAUGACGGAUGUUCGGGAUGGGGUCUUUGAGAUCGAUGAGGGUCUGAGUCUGGUGGUUUCCCACAACCCGAAGACUUUCCAGUCCGUGGCCAACCUGCUGCUGGCGGUGAACCGGAUGAAGAACUCUCUGUCUCAUCGCAGCACGGAGCUCAGUGACAGAGAGCUCUGCAGCGCCAUCAUGGAGGGCCUGGUGACAGAAACGGUCGUGGAGACGACUGGGAACUCGUCCAGCGGCGUGCAGCGAACCUUCCAGCGGCUGAACAGCGUGAAGCUGUGCACGCUGUGCGACAUGUCGCAGAAAGACGUGGUGCAGGCGACGGGAGAGCUGAAGCUGCAGGCGGUCACUCUGAAGGGAGGAAACUCUGAGCGCAAAGUGGAUUUCAAACUGUUUAAGUACAUCACUUCGUGCUCUUCGGCUGCUGACAGUCUGACCGUCGUCCUCUCCAUCGCCAACAACCUGCACAUCUCCGUCUGCAUGAUGGACGGCAGCGCCGUGCUCACCCUGGAGGAAUGCAGUGAGGAGAACUUGAAGAGGAUCAGUGCUGAAGGAAACAUGGACCGUUUCCUUUUCUACAAGGAGACGAUUGGAGACUCUAUGAACACUUUUGAGUCUGUGAAGUACCGUGGCUGGUUCAUCAGCACGUCCAUCGAGGGGGAAAACCUUCCUUUGGAAAUGUGUAAAGUGGACGCCGCUAGCCGCCUCAAGUGCUUCAGAUUAAACUGAUGAAUUCAAUUUUAACUUUACUCUUCCUCACCACUAGAGGGAGCCGUUGUCUGCUAAGUUCCCAGAGAAACAAGUCAUUCUGCUGAGGAAGAAAACUAAUAGGUCACUAAAAACACAUUUACUUUAUAGGAUUCUUUCACUGACUGACAUAAUGAUUUGUAAUAAAUAUUAUUUGUAUUUUAUAUUAUUGUUAAUUAAGCAUAUUGUUUUCCUCUGUCACCAAAAAUAGGCUUUUAGUAGUGCGAAACAAGUGUAAAAAUGUUUUAAUAUCAGUUGUUUAUGAAUAUUUUUUAAAUUUGUACUUUAGAUGUGUUUGUGUGCUCGAGUUUAGAUCUCAAUUUCCUAAAUGAUGUGUUGAUUCU